AUGCCGAAAGAGUGUAAAUCGUCUGAUGAGAAUCCUGGUGUGGCAGGUGAAAUCGCUUUCUACAAAAAGGAAGGCAAUGCGUUUCAACGCCAGCUAGAUAAUCUCAAUAGCUUCCUUACGAACGAGCAACUAAAAAACUUAGAUGAGGCCGAACUUUCUGCGCGACUUAAACAUGCUGAGCGUUUGCAGGCAAACUUCGAAAAUGCACGAUCAGCACUUAGGCGAUUGGACCGCAAGGAAUUCGAGUCUGAUGCUGACGAAAAUUUCUCCAAAGUGUAUAUUGAGGUAGAGGCAAAAAUUAAUCGUUGGCUGAAUACAAAACAUAAGUCAUCUGGCGCGCACUCUUCAACACUACGACAAUUCUCUUGGGACGACAUUACGCCGCAGCAGUUACAACGACGAUCCAGGCUACCUGAGCUCAAAAUUCCAGUUUUUAGUGGCUCCUAUCUCGACUGGCCAUCGUUUUUCAGCACGUUUACUUCAGCAAUAGACAAAGACGUGGAGAUGUCCAAAUUAGAAAAAAUGCAGUACUUGAUCACCAGUCUCAGUGAUGCAGCUUUAGACACUGUGCGCUCACUCGAGCCCAGUGAAGAGAAUUAUGACAAAGCUUUAGAUUUAUUAAAAGUACGUUUUGAUAAUAAAUUACUUCAUUUCCAGGCACACAUAAAGGCAAUUUUCGGGCUACAAGGUAUGGAAAUGGGCGCAUCAGAUGGGUUACGAAAAUUAAGCGAUCAAGUAAAUGCACAUCUUCGAGCGCUGCAAACUUUAGCAACUACUGAAGAGAUAUAUAAUGGUUUACUCAUACACCUCAUCACAAGCAAACUGGAUAGACAAACGCACGAAAAAUGGGAAGAGAAUUUAUCUGCAUACAAAUUACCUACAUGGAUUGACAUGUCAACGUUUUUGGAAAGAAGAUGCCGCAUGAUGGAGAAUUAG